UUUCUUCCCUCUCUCUCUGGUAUCCCUCUGUCUCUCUCCAGUCACAUUCCCUCCCUCUCUUCUUCCCUCUCUCUGGUGUGACAUUCCCUCUUUUCUUCCCUCUGUCUCUCCUGUGACAUUCUCUCUCUCUGUCUCUGGCUGUGACAUUCCCCCGUCUGACUGACAUUCCCCCUCUCUCCCUCUCUCUCUCUCUCUCUCUCUCUCUCUCUUUCUCUGUGUAUGUGCAACAAGAGUGUGUGGAUGUGAGGACAGCAGGCUGUCCGCAUGCAGCUCACCUGUACCACUCGCCCAUUAGCAGAGAGCGGAGCGGAGGAGCCUGUAUUGGUGACAGUCUCUCGGUGACAGUCCCUCCGUAUGCUGCCCCUUCGAGUGUUAUCUGCCCCCGGGUGUCCCCUCGCCCGCAACGAUGCCUUUUCAUCCGGUAACGGCGGCGUUGAUGUACCGGGGGGUGUACACCAUCCCCGAAUUACUGAGAGAGCACUCCCCCACUCAGCUCCCCGAAGACGAGAUCGAGGAAAUUCGAGAAGCCUUCAAGGUGUUUGAUCGGGACGGAAAUGGUUUCAUCUCCAAGCAGGAGCUGGGCACCGCAAUGAGGUCGCUGGGGUACAUGCCCAAUGAAGUGGAACUGGAGAUCAUUAUACAGAGGCUGGAUAUGGAUGGGGACGGUCAGGUGGACUUUGAAGAGUUUGUAACGUUAUUGGGACCAAAGAUCACAACUACUGGGAUCCCAGACAAGUUUCAUGGUGCUGAUUUUGACACUGUGUUUUGGAAGUGUGACAUGCAGUCACUGUCAGUGGAGGAACUGAAGAGGUUACUGUAUGACACGUUUUGCGAGCACCUGUCCAUGCGUGACAUCGAGAACAUCAUUUUGACUGAAGAAGCUGGGAAUCUAGGUACAAGAGGGGACUGUUCUGUCGAUAUGGAGAGUUCCCCAAAUCAACAAAUCCGCCAGACUUGCGUGCGUAAGAGUUUAAUCUGCGCCUUUGCCAUCGCUUUCAUCAUCAGUGUGAUGCUAAUAGCAGCAAAUCAGGUCUUGCGCAGCGGCAUGAAGUAAUGACAUGGGGAUAAGAAGCCAUGAACUUAUACAAACUUUCAGGAGUUCCUCCUGCCUUUUCCCCAAUCCUAAAAGGACUGCAACAUACAGAGGGGGAGACCCCAAAACUUUGAAGACUAUGGGUCUCCUCCUCCGGUGUCUGAAUGUGCAUGGGAGGAUUUGCAUGGAAAAUGCAUGAGCAUUUAAAUUGUCAGGUGACCAUCUGUGCUUUCAAAAUCUGUGACACGAAAGAACUUUUACUCUCUCCCUCUAUAUAUAAUAGGUGUAUAUAUGUAUACGGAUGUACAACUCUAUAUUUAUGAGCAAUAACACUUUUGGUUGAUAAAGGGUUAACUCUGGUCAUUGGGCACAGGGUCAAUUGGGUUACUGAGCUCCUGUGGUGUGAACUUUUCUUCACUGCGUGAAUAGAGGGAGCUCGAAGGUUAAACUGUCUUCCCUUCCCGCGAUAUUCAUGCGCCUUAACCCCUAAAAUGCUGAAUGGGUUAAUGUUAAAUGUAGCUCUCCCUGUUUUUUCUUCCAUCUGUCUCUCUAUUGAAACACAUGCUUGAAGUAUAAUUGGCCCAUACUCCCUUUAGACAUAUCACUUCCUGGAAAAGGUGGUCUGUUUCCCGUAAAGUACAACAAGGUCUAUUUUGGGAGGAAAAAGAAUUGAUGUUAUUUUUGAAAUAUAGGAAUGUCUCUAAUUAAACUAAUGUAUGUAUGUAUACAGAAUAGUCAUUCAAGUUCCCUCUUGUUGCCUUACUUAUUUUCCUGGCUUGUUCAUUUUUUCUAGUCCUUGGACUAGAAAUGGACUAGUCUUUUUUUUUCUUGAAUAACUGACUAAUUAUUGGCAUGUUUUUUCUUAUAUUAAAGUUUAGUUCCACUUUUCUGGCAAAUUUGAUAUUGUAUGGCAAACGAGCAAACAUGAUAAACUUUGUAGAUGGCAUGUAUCAUUUCUUUACUUAACUUUAUUUAGGUUGUUGAAAUAUUCAUUAUUCCCACUGGAAAUUUGUUCAAAUAGGUGCCAGGCAGGCAUGCUGUAGACAACUAAUGACAGGUGUAGACAGCCAUGUACCCUAGGCAACUAGUAAAAUCUGAACAUGUCUCAUUGGACACAGCAGAUAUUUCAGAAGCCUAUGGAGGAAUAAUAUUCAACAAGAUGUAAUAGGUGCUAUUUGCAGAGAUUUUAAAUUAACUGUCCUGGAAAUUGCCCAGAAAUGUGGAGGUAAGCUUUAGGUUUUGGAAAUUCUUCAAAUUUCAUACUUCCUUCUUCAUGCAUGUUGCAUCUCUAGUUUUAUCUGAUAGUCUUCUUAGACCCUGUACACAAAGGCAUUAAAUUGAGAUGCUUUUGAUUGGGUGGGGGGCUAAAUAUGUCUGCCAAACAGGGUUUCCACUGGUAAAAAUUUAGUUUGUUACCAAAGCACUUCUUUACAAUGCAAGCAAUGGCUUGUACUAAAUAAUCGUAAUGGCACUUUGGUGUCCAGGCUGUGCAAGCAAUAAAUCUAUUGGACGGCAUAUUUGGACUGUUCAUGAGCCCAGGCCAAUAAGAGCUAUAUUUGACACUUCAUUUUUGUAUGAGCUUUAUUUUCAGCUUGCUUUUUCUUAAUGCAUGCCAUUAUUUGUUUGCAACUGCACUUCUCCUUCAUCAUUUUGUUUUGAUUAAUGCAACAGUGGCCAGUCCUAUAUUUGUUUCCAGAGUCCAGACUGUGGGCCCACUAUGGGGUCUCUGGGCUAAGUAGGCCCAUUAUAGAAUUCCAUGUCUUUAUCACCUUGCUCCUUAUUUACCUGGUUAGAAAGACUGGACAGUACAGAGUGUGUUGAUGCUGCUGCCUGUGACUUACAUAUUGUAUGUGUCUGCAUGGUUAAGAGACAGGCAGCCUUAACUGUACUCUCUUUUGUCCUUUUGUGUUGGAUCAGACAGCUAGACUAAUGGAAAUAUUGCUGCUAUUCUAUUCUUAAUACGUUUCUUUCCUUUCAGCCCUUUUUAUAGCACUUUUACCAUUAUUUCUUGUCUUACAGUAUGGGUCUUCUAUUUCACUUCCCCCUGUUUCAUCACUUUCCUAACUAUGCAUGCUCCAUCUUUUCACUUUUCUGUAUGCUGAUCUCCCUUCCGAUGGAGUGUCUUCAUCUCUCCAUUGGAUCUAUUCUGUGCUCUUACCGCCUUUGCUUUUUGGCUGUAAUUCCUCUGUAACACCCUGUGUUACUAGGCACCCCCAAACUCAUGUAAUUUGUAUAUCAGUUAUUUGAUGUUCCCUUCUCAAAUACCAUUUUGUGGAUAUUUCAAUUUCUAAUAAAUCUUACCAUUUGCCAGUA